AUAUAUCCCCGGCCGGCCCCCUCAGAUAUAUACAUAUAUAUUUCAUUUAUUAGGAGAAUGAGAAAUAUAGUGUUCAGAGAGGCGGGGAGAGAUGCGUACACGAGUCCGACGGAGAGCCUGAAAUAUGUGUGGGACUGUAUAAGAAUACCGGUUCUGGUGCCCCUUCUGAAACUGGCGAUGUGCGUAUGCAUAACGAUGUCCAUUAUGCUCUUCCUUGAGAGGGUGUAUAUGGCAAUUGUGAUUGCGUGCGUCAAGUUCCUUGGGAAGAAGAGAUACACAAAUUAUAAGCUAGACGCCAUGAAGCAAGACCUUGAGCAGAACAAGAACUACCCUCUUGUUCUCGUCCAGAUUCCCAUGUUCAAUGAAAAGGAGGUUUACAAGCUCUCAAUAGGAGCGGUAUGUGGGCUAACAUGGCCAUCAGAUUGUCUUAUCGUGCAAGUUCUUGAUGACUCCACCAAUGAGGCCCUAAGGAAAUCGGUGGAAGAAGAAUGUGAGAAGUGGAAACGUAGAGGGGUUAACGUGAAGUACGAGACGAGGAACAACCGGAACGGUUACAAGGCCGGUGCUCUCCGGGAAGGCCUCAAAAAGCAUUACGUUGACGACUGUGAGUUCGUUGCCAUCUUCGACGCCGACUUCCAGCCUGAACCCGACUUUCUUUGGAGGACUAUCCCUUAUCUUCUUGAAAACCCUGAGUUGGCUUUGGUCCAGGCUAGAUGGAAAUUCGUAAAUGCAGAUGAAUGUUUCAUGACUCGGCUUCAGGAGAUGUCACUGGACUACCACUUCAGCGUUGAGCAAGAAGUGGGCUCCUCAACCUGCUCAUUCUUCGGAUUCAAUGGGACUGCUGGCGUGUGGAGGAUUCAUGCGUUGAACGAUGCCGGUGGAUGGAAAGACCGCACGACGGUUGAGGACAUGGACCUCGCUGUCAGAGCCAGCCUCAGGGGCUGGAAAUUUCUCUUUAUUGGGGACUUAGAAGUGAAAAAUGAACUCCCAAGCACCUUCAAGGCAUACAGGUUUCAGCAGCACCGUUGGUCGUGCGGUCCCGCUAAUCUCUUCAGGAAGAUGUUCAAAGAGAUCAUCCUUAGUGAGCGCGUGUCUCUGUACAAGAAGUUCCACUUGGUGUACGCGUUCUUCUUCGUGAGGAAGAUAAUCGCGCACUGGGUCACAUUUUUCUUCUACUGCGUGGUGAUGCCGGCGACGAUCAUAAUCCCCGAAGUGCAGCUCACUAAGCCCAUUGCCAUAUACCUUCCUGCCACCAUAACCCUCCUCAAUGCCAUCUGCACCAGGAGGUCCUUCCACCUUCUGUUGCCAUGGAUCCUAUUCGAGAACGUCAUGUCCCUUCACCGCACUAAGGCUGCGAUAAUCGGUCUUCUCGAGGCCAACCGUGUCAACGAAUGGGUUGUCACGGAAAAGCUUGGCAACACUGCCAAGCAGAGGCAAAAUGGCAGAGCACCCAAAAGACCAAGAUCCAGGUGUAUUGACAGGAUCCACCCGCUGGAGCUAACGAUGGGGAUGUACAUGCUGCAUUGUGCAUACAUCGACGUGUAUUACGGGAAGGACCAGUUCUACAUAUAUCUUAUACUGCAAGCAGCCGCUUUCUUCACAGUUGGGUUUAGCCUUGUUGGAACAUCUCCCAGCUAAAUGAUUUCUCAUUUCAAGGGGCCGGGAAUGCAUAUGUAGGGUAAAGAACAGAAGAAAAUAAACAUGUAAUGAAUGACAAUGUUUCGCCCAGAAUGUUUGGAUUUUACAGUGGAUUCUUAUUGUUCCGUUUUGUGUGUUUUUUUUGCUUCCUUAGACGAAAUAAAGCAAGUUUCGUGUG